AUGGCUAGCUGUUUGAAGAAGUUGAAAAGCCUUGUCAUAAGUGAUUGUCCAAUUAUGGAGAAGAUUUUUAAGACUGAAGGAAAUAGUGCAGACAAGGUUUGCAUCUUCCCUAAGUUAGAGGAAGUCCACCUUAGCAAAAUGAACAAAUUAACAGAUAUAUGGCAAACUAAAGUGAGUGCUGAUUCAUUUUCUAGUCUCAUUUCUGUGAAUAUUGAAGAGUGCAAUAAUUUAGGCAAGAUUUUUCCAAGUCACAUGGAAGGAUGGUUUGAAAGUUUGGACAACUUGAAAGUUUCUGGAUGCUAUUGGGUUGAUGUGAUUUUUGAAAUCAAUGAUUCUAAAGAAAUAGAUAGAUUUGGAGGGAUAGACACAAAUUUGCAGGUUCUUCUUCUUGAAAAUCUCCCAAUGUUGACACAAUUGUGGAGUACAAAUCCAGAAGGAAUUCUCAGAUUUAAAAAAUUGCGGACUAUAGAAGUAUGUUAUUGCAAUGAACUGAGGAGUUUGUUUCCAACUUCUGUGGCAAAGGAUGCUUCUAAGCUUGAACGCAUUUCAGCAUUGCAUUGUAAGAAUAUGGUAGAAAUAUUUGCAAGUAAAGAUGCUUCAGAAGCUAACAAUGACCCCUUCGAGUUUCCUGAACUAACUUAUGUGAAAUUAGAUGUGUUGCCAAAUAUCAAACAUUUCUACGGGGGAAGACAUCCUAUAAAGUGCCCAAAACUCAAGGAGUUGCGCAUGGGGGAUGUAAAGCUCAACACAAUUAUCAAAGAAACUAGAAAAACAACAAACAAAGAAGAAAAAGAAGAAAAAUGUGUUUUCUCAGCUGAAGAGGUAUUAUCCAACUUGGAAUGCAUGGAAAUUGACUUCAAGGAUGCACAUGAAUUGUUAUUGAAGUACCAAAUGCACCGCCUAAAAGAACUUAGUUUGAUUUCAGUUGAAAAUGUUGAUCUUCUCAACCAGUUUCCAUACAGAAUGCCAAAUCUAGAAAAGUUAAAUUUGAUUUCUUCUUAUUUUGGAGAGGUAGUGGCAAGAACAAACAUGGCACGACAAAAACAAAAAAGAUUGGGGAUCGUAUUGCAGUUGAAGGAAUUAGUUUUGAAACAUUCAAGAAUAGAGGAUCUAGGAUUUGAACGAGAUCAGGUUCUAGAGAGACUAGAGGUUUUAAGAUUAGAAAAUUGCCAUGAAUUGAGCAAUUUAGGUCCCUCCUCUGCAUCAUUAACUUACUUGACAUAUUUGGAACUAAGGUUCUGUGAGGAAUUAAGAAACUUAAUGUCAUCCUCCACAGCCAAAAGCAUGGUUCAACUCAAGACCAUGAAGGUAAUACAUUGUCGUCAAGUAGAUCAAAUAGUAAGCAAUGAGGGAAGUGAAGAAGGCAAAGAGAAAAAAAUUGUAUUCAGCAAAUUGAUUUCUAUAGAACUUGUGGGGCUAAUGAACAUGACAAGUUUUUGUAGUUGCAAGGAAUGUGAAUUUGAAUUCCCAUCAUUAGAAAUAUUGAUUGUAAGAGAAUGUCCGAAGAUGAUGAAAUUCAGUGAGAGAGAGCCAAUAACACCAAAGUUAAAGGAUGUGUUUGGUGUGGAAGGAGAUGAAAAAGCCAAAUGGCAAUGGAAAGGUGACUUGAAUGCCACCAUACAAAAGGUUUUCAAUGAUAAGGUUAUCUUCUCAUGUGAUGAGUAUAUAAUUCUUAGUGGUACUGAAUAUAUUGAAGUAUGGCACGGCCAUUGUCGGGUGCAGCAAAACAGCUUUGGAUAUUUGAAAGAGUUGCAUGUGUGGGGAUGUGAUAGUGUAGUGCAUGUAAUUCCAUAUCAUUUGCUUUCUUGCUUUCACAAUUUGGAAGAAUUAGAAGUAGAGUAUUGCCAAACAGUACAGGUCAUAUUUAAUAUCAGCGAUGAGAACAGGGCCAGAAAAGCUUCCCGAAUAUUCCGUUUGAAAAAAUUGACUUUAAUAGAUCUACCAAAUCUGGAGCAUGUAUGGGACAAGGAUCCGGAGGGAAUUAUUGGCCUUCAAAUGCUAAAGGAAAUGUGUGUUAAUUAUUGUAGCAGUCUUAGAAGAUUGUUUCCAGCAUCUAUGACCAAGGAUCUUAUCAGACUUAAAGUGCUUGAGGUAAGAAACUGUGAGGAAUUGACAGAGAUAUUUAGGAAGGAUGAUGACGGUGGAGAUGAAGGAACAACACCAGACUCUGUGUUUCCUCGUCUCACCUCAUUGACGCUAAAGCAAUUGCCACGCCUCAAAUACUCUACCCACUUCUCCAAACAACAGGAAAGUAUAUCAAUUUUGAGUCUGAGAGAUGUACAAGUGCUAUGGCUUGGCUCACGACCCAUCCUAAACUCCUGCUUCGGCCUGUUACAUUUUCUGAGUGUGGAUGGUUGUCAGUUUUUAUCAGAUAUACUUCUACCAUUCAAUUUACUUCCUUUCUUAACUAAUUUAGAAAGCUUGCAAGUUAAAAACUGUGCUUUUGUCAAAACCAUCUUUGACGUCAAAUGUACAACACAAGGCAGAGACGUGACAUCUAUGGGACUAAACUUGCCUUUUUCUCUGAAGAAAUUGACUUUAUGCAACCUACCAAAUCUGAAGAAUGUUUGGAAUGAAGAUCCUCGUGGAAUUCUAAGAAUGCACCAUCUACAAGAAGUACAUGUGGAGAACUGUAAAGAACUUUCAAGCGUGUUUCCGACAUCAGUAGCCAAAUAUCUUGUGGUACUUGAAAUUCUUAUAGUGAAAAACUGUGAGGGGUUGAUGACUCUUAUUGCAGAGGAUAAUAUAGAUCCAAGUCUGGAGGUUAUGUUUCCCUGUCGUUGUGUGAGAUCAAUGGAACUACGGGGUUUGCCAAAGUUGAAGUAUUUUUACUACUUCCCUAUCAAAUCGAACACUCUACAUCUAGAAUCACACACGGAGGAUCAACUCUGUUCUGAAAAGGUCUAA